AUGAGGCACUUCGACAUCACAGACAACAAGUGGAAGUUUGGGGAUGUUGUUAUGGAAAUAUCGAAGGAGGAUGUCACGGCUUUAUUUCACCUUCCGGCUGAAAGAGAAGUGUUCAAUGUGAACAGGAGGGUGGUAAGGGAAGAGAUGGAAGACUCCCCAAUAUUUGGUAGCCCUUUAAAGAAGCAGGCUGUCCUCAGAACAAAGGUGGAAUCGAAGCUGGUAACUGAGUUGACAAAGCCGGCAAAAGAGAAAGAUGCCAGGAAGAUAGCCGUGCUAAUGAUCACAUAUCUAUUCAGCACAUUCUUCUUCACCCGAACCGGUGCUCAGAUCACAUGGGAUAUGGUCGCCGUAUGUGAACGGAUUGAGAACAUAAACAUGUAUAACUGGCCAAGAUUAAUUCUGAACUUCUUGAUGGAAGGGCUACAAAAGUAUAGGAGGAACAGUCCAUCUGUUUUGAAUGGAUGCCUUCUUCUCAUCUAUUACUGGUUCCUUGAGAAGACCAAGGCAAAGACCUGGAUACCUGGAAAGCAGAAUGAAACUCCACGAUUCAUCCGAUGGUCGAUAAAAGAAAUAUUUAGCCUGGAGCAGAUGUACAUGAACGAGAACUUAGCCGUGGAUCUGAUAAAAGCUGGACCAUGGUUUGCGAAAAUUAGACUGGAAGACCUCGAGCUGGGUGAUGAGGUGCAAGACACACCAAGCUUUGACAACUGGGUGAGUGGCUCAACUGAGCUUGUCUGCUGCCAGUAA